AUGAAAUAUACCGAACCUAUAAUUCUUGAAAUUCCUGACUCUUACAUGGAGGACAGUAGAGGGUAUGCAUCAGCUGCGGAUGUUAGUGGAAAAGUCCCAACAGGAAGAGCAAAGGAUAUUAAGCACAGUAGAUCUCCCCGUCCUUUCUCCGCUGUGACAGAUACUCCUCCGCCCAAACGACAAAUGUCCUCCGGUUCAAUCACACCAUGGAUUACAAGGCAUGAUACCUACAAGGAGGUGCAGAAACAAUUAUCGCCGUAUGGUCUAGGACCUUACGAAGGAAAGGUCGCGAGCGAUAAGUGGCUUCCCUUCAGCGUCCAAUCUAAGGUCCUGACGCGGGUACAAAUCGUUUUAGAAGAAGCUUUGUUCGAGUUUUUAAAUACCAAUUUCCCGCAUGUGUGCGAGAAAAUGGAUGGGAGGAGAUGGGCGAGGCUAAACAGUAUCUGCAGACCACUUGAAUCUCUCUCAUUCAAUCUAGAGGCUAGGGACAGGAUGAGGGGAUAUGAGGGUGGACUGGAGUGUUUGAAGAAGGCUUUGUAA